GGACCGAGUGUAGUCGGUCCUCAUAACGUGGUUUUUUGCGCACGUCCUCCAACUCCCCCAGCGCAUCUAGGUUCCCAUUCUCUAUUUCUGACCAAUCACAGACCUUCCCUGAGUCGCCCAGGCUGAGCGGUGAUGGCGGCUGCUCGCUUCCCAUUGGUCGAGAGAGCAGAAUGUAAACACUUCUACCUUGCCGGCGCCAAAACUCGUGUUUCUCGGUUGAGUGCUCCUUAUAUACUGAAGCAUUUCACCCAAUACAAUGUCGAUCAAUAAGAAAUUGUUCUACGGUGAGUCCUCCAAGGAUAACUCGAAAUUUGUCUGUGUUUGGGAUGAUAGUGACUCAGAUCAAGACUCAGAUGACCUGGAUUUCCUGGAUAGUGAGGAUGAAUUCUUGCCACCAGAUGCAGAGGUGUCAACAGAUGAGGAGGAGGAAGCUGGGCCACCACCAAAAAAACAAAAAUUGAACAAGAGGAAGAAACGUAUUACUAUGGAGGAAUACCCUGAUGAAGAAGUGCUUCAAGAUGAUCUUGCUUCUCAAGGAGACACCAAAUGGAAGAAUGAGGACAUCCACAAUGACCCUUUGCCUAAAUAUGAACAUAUAAAGCCUGUUGAAGUUAGGUGUGCAUAUGAUUAUUUUACAGACUUUUUUACUCAAGACAUGAUAGACAACAUUACAUUUCAAACUAAUUUGUAUGCCAGGCAAAAAAGACAUACAUACUACUUUUCAAACAGAUUCUGAGGAAAUGACUAGGUUUAUAGGUAUUCUGUUGCAUAUGGGUUACACUGUACAGCCAUCCAUUGAGGACUAUUGGAGAAGUGCAAGUAGGAUAACUCAAGUUGCAGAAGUCAUGGGAUCAAAGAGGUUUAGGUUGCUGAGGCGUACCAUUCAUUUCAAUGAUAACACACAAAAGAAGGAUAAUGACAGAUUCUACA